AUGGCCAACAUUAUCAAGCCAUACAUGAUGAACCCAGCAGCUUGGACCUGGCGAGGGAAGACCGGUUUCUUCUGGUCUGCAUUCGCGUUCCUGACGUUUCUCUGGAGCUAUUUCCAUCUCCCCGAGACUAAGGGUCGUGCAUUCGAGGAGCGUGAUAUUACGUUCGCCACGGGUGUGCCUACUCGGAAGUUCAGGACGUAUCGUAUUGACCGACCCUUGGACGACAGCAUCGCGAAUCCUGGAGAUUCCCCGAGGCUGAGAAUAGGGCUUUCCAUCGCAAACUUCUGCCAAGCUCCAACCAACCGCGAAGAAACCAAUAAUCUGGCCAAGUACCGUAUCAUAGGUGGAGCAAAUACUGUCAGCUUGCAUUCCUCAUCGCAGCCAUUGGUGACUUAA